AGCUGCUCAAUCCUGAAAAUCAAAGGUGUUUGUAUGCGAAUUUCUUGUUAUCCAAAGACACACAAACCUGAAAUAUAAGCUGCAAAAUUUUGAUUACAUUAUCCUGCGCAUGGUAUUCGUAGUAUAGGACAAGCAUUAUAUGUUUGGUAGCCGACCGGGGUGCCCGCCUUUGUAACCACGUUUCUCAUGCGUAACAACAGCAUAACAAAAGCUGCCUUACCCGCCUUGCCACAUUAACAUAAAGGUAUGUCUUGUUGCUAAUAAACAUUCCGCUUCAAGCAACACGCGUGAUCUUCGUUGAACUGAGAUCAAAUCUGUACAGAAAUCUAUCACAAUAGUCUAAGCAAAGGUCGUUUGUUCGGUUCUUUUUGACUAAGCUGUGCUACUGCGAGGAAACUGUUCAUGACUGCUGUGAGGAAGACUUCACUCGAGUGCAUGGGUUUUACAAGCAAUGCCGUGAUUGUAAACUCACUAAUUUAAAAUCAUGGGAUGUGGAGCCACAAAACAACCAACCCUACAUCGGCCAACCGUUGUAUUAACUGGGCAUAGACGACUCGAGGAGGACAUAGAGGAGACGGACUCGCUUCUUGGAUCAGAAACAGAACUAUCGUCUUGCGAGAAACUACAAGAGUACAGCCAAAGGUAUCCUGAAUAUUCAAAAGUGUUGCGAGCGGUAUUCAGCAGUGUUGAAAAACUUCGGCGUUUGUCAGAAAUGGAGAAUUCACUGAGCGACAAGAAGCUAGUAUCGAAGUUAAAUAGAGAAGCUCUUAAGCUUCGCCAGAGAAGUAUCAAGGUAGCUUUCUCAGCCGGAACAACUGACGAAAAGAAAUAUGACAUUCUUGCAAAUUUCAUCAUCGACAUCGGCGCAGCGGAGUUUUUCUACAAGCUAACCAAACAGUUGUUCGAUUCCUACCUCAACAGCGGACAGACACUUCGCAAAAAUGGAAUAAAACCGGCGGAUAAACCAUUAAAUAUUGAAACAGACCGAUGCGAUCAACUGGCAUCAGAGAGCUUAAUUUUAAUUCUACUCGUGAUCCAGAACUUUGCUGAGUUUCAUGAGCAGUUCUGUGUGACAUGCGCAACAGAAACUGGGAUAAUACCACUUUGCUUGGAAAGUAGCAAACAGUUAGAGUCCAUGCUCAAGACCUUGGACGACCGCAGUGGUGAGACGCCAGUACGAGCCAUUAGAGUUCUGGGAUGUUGUUUUAAUAUUCUGUAUAACAUGGCCAGGAAGACUGAAGAGGUCAAACCGACCGUUGACUACGAGGCCAAGGAGACUUUAGUUUAUUUUGCCAAAUCAGAUAUUCCCAUUGUGGCCCCGCUGGCUUUGCUAAGUUUGGCUUACGUGGCUGACGAAGAGAGUAACCAGCUGGUACUCGCAGAUGAAGAAAUCUUGGUGAAUUUAACUUCCAUUUUGAAAAAGGCUAACGAUUCGGAAAGGCGAAAGUUUGAUGGCUUUUCUGCAAGAGAGCUGGCGGAGGGUCUCAGCCAUCUUGCCAUAAACGAUACCAACAAAAGAGUUUUGGGUCAAAAAAGUGCGAUAAAAGUGCUUGUUUCAAUGAUAAAGACAUCAGGUGACAACGGAGAAAAGGCAAGCGCAGUCAAAGCGCUUUGGAUGUUAGCCUUUGAUGAGAAUAACAAGAACCUCAUCGCUCAAGAGGAAGGAGCCUUGAACACUCUACGACAGCUGCAGCACUGCGAGGACCCGGAUGUUCAAAAGGGAGCCGCAGGUGCACUAUGGGAGAUUGAAGGAAAGACUGCAAGAAAGCAGGCUGAGGAGACAAGAGAAGUCUCGGCAAAUCACGUGAUGAUUAGUUACCAAUGGGAUUCCCAGGAAGUGUUAGUCGAGGUGAAAAACAAGCUUCAGGCCAAUGGAUACAGAGUAUGGAUGGAUCUGGAGCAGAUGGGAGGGUCCACAUUGGAGACCAUGGCCAAAGCUGUCGAGAACGCCUCAGUUAUUCUGGUGUGCGUAUCACAACGAUACAAAGAAAGUCCAAACUGUCGAUCAGAAGCCGAGUAUGCCUACCAGCUGAGAAAGGACAUCAUUCCUUUGAUGAUGGAACGAAAUUACCGACCGGACGGUUGGCUAGGAAUGAUUGUUGGAACAAAACUUUGGAUUGACUUUAGAAAUAGUUACGGUAUCGAGACAGGGGUUGGGAAGUUGUUGAGGGAGUUAGGCGGCAGGGGACGACAAGACCAAGGCAAUCACUUCACUGACCCUGGCCAAUUAGGAAAUGCUGAACAAGUACAAGAAGAUUGUCCUCCAGCCACCCCUGAAGCGCCAGGAAUCUCUAGUUGGACAAGUCAUGAUGUGGAGUGCUGGUUAAAGGACAUUGGGUUGGACGAGGUAUGCAAGACAGUCCUACCCAGACUGGACGGUCAGACUUUGAUUUACCUUUAUGCACUCCGUGAUGAAUGUCCUGAUUAUUUCUACAGGUGCCUGGAAAGCAAUCUUAACUUGCGUGACAUGUUUGAUCUAUUUAAAUUCAGGGAAGAACUGUGUAAACUGAUGAAAAAAUAACCCUAUUCGGCAGAAACGUGUCGUUUUGACUGAAACGUCUAAAGGGAUUUAAAUACCCACCAAUACUAUGUGCUGUUUAAAGUUCACCAGUAAAUUUUCUCCGAUUCUUAUUGGUUUAAACUGAUCACGUGACGCGAUAGUGUU